AUGCCAAUAGAACUAGAUAUAUCUUCGACAAUCAAUUCACGUUUCGAUAUUCUCAUUGUUGGAGACAACGGAGUUGGCAAGAGCACACUUCUACACAAGUACAUAACUGGGGAAUUUUGUGAGUUUCUCCCUACUGAAGAAUGUGUCCGAGUGAAGCCAGUGGGUAGCAAUACCGUUAAAAUGUCCUCAGAUGCGACUAAAACCGACACAAUCUCAAUCUUGGACAGCAGUGCUUCUCUGAGUUCAUACUUAACAGAUCAUGAAUUUCUUAUUCGAAAUGCGCGCACCAUCCUAUUCACAUACUGUAUCGACAGCAUUGCGUCGUUCGAAGCAUUAGAAUACACAAUCAAUUGCAUCAAGUCAAUGUUACCUGAGACUGUGCCCUGUGCGCUAGCCGCUUUGAAAAUGGAUUUGCUAGAUAGCCAACAGGUCUCGUACGAGGAUGGACUUGCGCUAAGUAAGAGAUGCAACGCCCUUGCUUUUCACGAAGUUUCCAGUAAGAUAGAUGCCACAGUGGGCCGCGUUUUUGUUGAGCUAGAGCUGGCGGCAAUCGAGAUCAAAAAACAGAAUUCAAUACCGGUACUGGUACCGUCCCUCGAUUCUGCAUCCAAAGAUAUUCCAUCCCAUGAUUCAAAGGACGGCGUUUCGCUGCCGUCAUCAAUAUCCAGGGGAAGCCCAAGUCCAACCAACGAACUAGUUGUCGAUGAGAAGCCAAAACCAAUACGAGAUCAUAUCCCACAGAAGAGCAACGAACCUGAAAAACCAACCCGUCACAGAAGUCUAUGGGCGUUUUUUUGUUGUAGUACAUAG